GAUUUGUGGGAUCCAACUGGGUUGUUGCUUAUAUGCUUUGAAUUUGUUUUCUUAUUAUGACCAAGCAACCCCUCCUCACAUAAUCAGUUCUUACAGGUUCACGAUUAAGGCCGAUGGCCUUGACUCUUCACCAGUAUAUUUGGAUGCUCCAGAAGCCCAUCUUGGUUUGUGAAACUUCAUGGGUUAUCUGGUUUGUUGCUCUAAUUCUGUAGAUUGCUCAAAACUGUGUUAAACAAGUAUCAACUAGUAGUUAACUGUUAAUUAGAUUCUCAUGAUUAUGUUAUCAGAUUGAUUUUGUUGAACUAGCUUGCUUGUAGGUCUCUUGCAAUUUGCUUGGUGGUGAUUUUCUCAAGUUAAAGCACUUUUAUAAAGUUAAAUCUUAUGGAUGUCUUUAAUCCCAUACCUCUCCAUAACCCAACCAAAAUUCUCAACCAAAAAGAAAAAAUCAGAGGGAGGUUCAAUCUCCCUCGCUCUCAUUCAAGCUCUGAACCCGGGAAAUUGAGAGAGAAAAAUCAGACCCAGUAAGGGCAGAUGGAGGACGCCGGGGGACUAAGAUGUUGGUGUUAUGGGUGUUCUCGGGUGGUGAGCCCGAUAAGGGAGAUUGAGCCGUUAAACUGCCCCUUCUGUGAAGGUGGCUUUGUGGAGGAAAUGGAAACUGCAGUAGGCUCCGAGAGCAGUGGCAGCGAGAUCCCUUUUGAUUCAGAACACGCCGCACUCUCCCUUUGGGCCCCAAUCUUACUGGGCAUGAUGAGAAGCAGCCUUCGCCAGCGCAACAGAUACACUACUACUAGUACAAGCAGUACCAGACUCAGACAUGCAGAGCUUGAUGAUGAUCAUGAAGAAGAAGAAGAAGAAGAAGAAGGUGUGGGUAACAAUGCUAGCGAACAUACCGAGCUCUAUAGGGAACUGGACUCCAUCAUUCGUAGGAGGAGGAGGAGGAGCUCAGCCACAAUCCUCCAACUCAUCCAAGGCAUCCAAGCUGGAAUGACUGAUGAAACUUUUGCCAGGCAUGAUGAUGAUGAUGAUGAUGAUGAUGGAGAUGAUGAAAAUGAAAGGGAGAGAAGGGGGCGCGUGAUCUUGAUAAACCCUUUUAACCAAUCCAUCAUCGUCCACGGAUCGAAUAAUAACAGUUCGGACAACCCCACCCCUCUUGUAGGCUCCUUGGGCGACUACUUCUUCGGGCCGGGUUUGGACGUGCUACUGCAGCAAUUGGCUGAGAAUGACCCGAACCGGUAUGGGACCCCACCGGCUCAGAAGAAGGCAGUUGAGGCAAUGCCCGUGGUGAGAGUUGAGGAUUCCUUGCAGUGUUGUGUUUGUUUGGACGACAUUGAGAUCGGUUCAGAAGCAAAGGAGAUGCCUUGUAAGCAUAAGUUCCAUUGUGGGUGUAUCCUUCCAUGGCUGGAACUUCAUAGCUCCUGCCCUGUUUGCAGGCACCAGUUACCUUGCGACGAGGACUCCAAUGAGCCUAGUGCUAGUGACUUUGACAAUGGAGGAGGGCAUAAUAAUAAUAAUAAUAAUAGGGUUGGAAGUUCUGGGCGACAAUUUUCAGUGCCGAUUCCAUGGCCAUUUGGCAACUUGCUUUCUCCUUCAACCACGACAAAUUCCGCGGGCUCAAGGUCUCAUACACAAGAGGAUUAGAUUGGCGUUCGCAAUGCCAUAUUGAGUUUACAUGAUACUACACCAUUAUGAGUUCUGGGUUUUUUAGCUUUGUGCUGUUGCCCCAUCUGUAGCUAUGAGGGCAUGCUGGCUUGGCUUGUAAUAUGCUGUAAUUUGUAUGAAUUGAUAGUGUCUGUUAAUUUUAGGCAAUGGUUUUUGAAACUAUAAGUUUCAUGUCACCAAACCCUAUGCGGUUGGAAUUAUGGUG